AUGGCUGAAGCCCCAGAAGAGGACGGUUCUGGCCCCCGGAAAGGUGAAGAUCUGGGGCCUGGGCCUCUUCAAAUAGCCGAAGAUGCCGAACCAGACAUCACGGCAGAGGCAGACCCGGAGCUACCUGAAAAGACUGACCAAGAGCCACAGCCAGAGGCGCAGGAAGAGAAUUUGAAAGACCGGACGCUGGCGAGCGCUAAGAACAUGCACCCACACCUAAAACCAACCUGGAUGUUCGAGGGAGAGCUUUCCAAGAAAUCAGAGGCAGACCUUUCAAGCGAGAUUGAGACAGGGAUACCCCAAAAGGUAAUGUCAGAGGUAACUAGAGAGAUGAUAGAGUUUCUCAAGGAUUUGGCGGUCACUAUGGAUGAAAAGCCGGAGGACCCAGACCUAGAGCCAUCCGAAGAGGCCAAAGCAGAUGUUACCGAGGAUGUAGUCGUAGAGUUAGCUCAGGAAACACAUCUGGAGCUACCAAAGGAAACCGAGUCUGAGGCUCCAAGAGCCGCAGCCAACAAGACAAGACUGGAGUUACUAAAGGAGAUCAAAGGAGGGUUUCCAGAGGAAUUACUUAGAGAGCAAAAUGAAGAGUCCAGUCUAGAACCUCCAGAACAGGCCCAGCCUGAAUUUCCAAGUAAGAAGCCAAGAAAAUCAAUUGGAGAGAGAGAUCUACAGCCACCAAAGAUGGCCACUCCAGAGUUUCCAGAAGAGACACAAAGAAAGUCAUCUGAGGAGAACAGGCCAGAGCCAUCGGAGCCGACCAAACUGGAGUUUCCAAAGGAGAAACCAAGAAAGUCUGGUGAGGAGGCAGGUCUAGAGCCUCCAGAAGAAACUAAGCCAGGGGUUGCAGAGGAGAUAGCAAGAAAACCAACUGAGGAGAAAGGGACCGAGCAACCUGAGCAGACUAAACCAGAGUUUCCAGACCAGAAACCAAGUAAGUUUACUGAGGGGACAGGAAGAAAGGCAACCAAGGGCGAGGUUCCAGAGCCAGUAGAAGAGAUCAAAUCAGAGUUUCCUGAGGAAAAAUCAAGAAAACUAAUUGAGAAAAGAGGCCUAGAGUCAUCAGAAAAGACAAAACCAGAAAUUCAAGAGGAGACACAAAGAAAGUCAACUGUGGAGAAAGUUCUAGAACCACCAGAAGAUACUGAAGCAACAGUUCAAAAAAAUAAGCAGAGAAAAUCAACUAUGGAGAUAGGACUAGCACCACCACAGAAGUCCAAGUCAGGGGACACACUAAGAGAGUCAACUGAAGAGAAAGAUCUAGAGCCUCCAGAACAGACUACGCCUGGGUUUCCAAAGGAAGAACCAAAGACACAGAGAAAAUCAACUGAGAACACGGGCCAAGUGCCACUACAGAAGAUGAGACCAGAGGUUCAAGAGAGGACACAAACAGAGCCAACUAAGGAAAAAGAUUUAGAGUUACCCGAUAAAGCCAAACCACUGCUUAGACAAGAGGCACAGGAAGAAUUUACCAAGGAAGAUAGGCCGGAGCGAAUCAAAUUUAAGCAUUUUGUAGACAAAGACAGGCCAGAGAAUUCUGACUAUCAAACAAGAAAGUUGUUCAUACAAGAAACUGAAAAAGUUGUGGAAGACUCUUCGUUAGCCUCUUUCACAGUAAGAGAAGUAGGCUUGGAAAAUAUAGGUGAUGAGUUCCCAGAAGAACCCCCAAUACCGGGUGACUUCACUGAUUCCAGUAAUGACUUCUACUCACCUCCCUCAGAGUCUCAGAGGGACUUAAGAAAUUCCAUUAGUGAAAAAGAUGUAGACUUGCCCCUAAAGUUGAUGGAACUGGUACCUUGUGAUAAAGAAACCCAGACAGAGGAAAGGACUAAGCUACAAUUUGAGUGUCUUAAAUGGAGCCCAGAAGAAGUUGCGAAGUGGAUUAGCAAGUUAGGCUUUCCUCAGUACCAGGAGUGUUUUACCACAAACUUCAUCAGCGGCCGAAAACUCAUCCAUGUAAACUGCUCAAACCUCCCUCAGAUGGGGAUAACGGAUUUUGAGGACAUGAAGGUAAUUUCUCGGCACACGCGGGAGCUACUGGGAAUUGAAGAACCAUUAUUUAACCGCACCAUCUGUCUUCCCUAUAGGGACAAUAUAGGCUUAUUUUUAGAGCAAAAAGGUCAUACGGGGGUAAAAUCUGAUUCCUUGACCUUAUCUGAAUUUGUGCAAACAGCAGGAUUACAAGACUAUGAGCCACAAAUACCUGCCCCUGAUGAUGAGAAUGAGGGGUUAUAUUACACUGAGCCACAGGAAAAAGCCAUCUCACUUAGCUUAAAAGCUCAAACGGAAUGACUUGGGGGAAGAGAUGUGGUCUUUUGGGGUUCCUUUUCCCCCUCUUCAUUAGAGGUCAGAGUUGGAACUCCUGGCCCUAUUCCUAGUUCUGUCGUCAGCUCACAGCACCUUCCUGGUGUUUGUGUUUCAGUUUAGCCUCUCGUUAAAACAAGGGUGGGGAGCGCCCUGGCCCAGCAGGUCAGUUGGUUGCAGCAGCCUCCCGACAUGCCAAG